AUGGCGUUUAAACUGCCUCUUGUCAAACCAAGAACAACUGUUGAUUGCUCUGGACUACCUGUCUACGACUUUUCGAAGUUGUUUAACAAAGAGGAAAUAGGAAAAGGUGCGUAUGGAGCAGUUUUUACGGCUGACUACCCUUUCAGCAAGGGUCCGGAGAAAGUUGUCGUGAAGAAGAUGCUAGGUGAGGAUCUACAAGACAAAAAAACCUUUGUCAAAGAGGCAAGGAUCCUUGAGGGACUUAAACAUCAAAACAUAGUCCGCUUUAAGGGUAUCUGUAACAAUCCUUUUGCGCUCGUUUUAGAACAUGUUUAUUUUGACUUUAAACCCUUCGGACUGGAAACGGUGGUAAGCUCGCUUGCGGACUUUGUCGCCAUUCUCGAUAGUUUUGACUGUGAAGGUUUUGAUGGCCCACACGUGUUCAGCACUAUAUAUGCAAGGACAUUGUGACUGGUCUACAUUAUCUCCAUGGCAUUGAUCUUUGCCACCGGGAUUUAAAACCGGCCAACAUCUUAGUCAGCAAUCAGCAUUACUGUGAUCUGCAUGCUGAUGAUAUCACUCGAGCCUGGAGUGACAGCCCCGUAGUCUGUAAAUUGACUGAUUUCGGUGAAAGCCGCUCGAAGGAAUUCCAGACUAAUUCCCUCCUCACAUCGCAAACCAGCCGUGUAAAUCGUGGCACACCCGUAUAUAUGUCUCCCGAAAUCCUUGACGGAACAACACGUUUGCAAGUCGCCACAACUGAAGACUUGAAGAGGGUCGACAUUUGGGCUUUGGGGAUGACUUUGUUUGUGCUUUUGAAUCCCUGUGUU